CAUCAUACUUGUUACCGGGAUUAUAUUUUGAGUUCUCACGCUACUUCCGUUCUUCUAUUUUAUAAAAUUAGUUGCGGAUACUUAAAUUUCAAGGUUAUCACAUUACAAUUGUCAGAAGUACUUUGUUUUCUCCGAAUGUCCUUUUCGAAUUGUAAGUUAAAUCCCUCAACAGUAAUAUAUAUGUAUAAUGUGUGUGUGUGUGUGUGUGUUAAAAUACUGCAGGAUAUCAAAUACGUCGAUAAAUAAUAACUUUCGCAAAACUUCUGUCAAUAAAACACAGAAUAUCUCAAUAUUUAAUUUGUAAUAAUUUAAAAAGAAAUUUUACCUCUAAUGUAAUUUAUAAAUAAUUAUUGUAUACAUUAUUUCUCAGCACAACUGAGUAGUGAGCCAUAUUUGUCGACCUCGUUAAUUUUCUUGAAUUUUCUUUUCUCUCUGUCUCUCUCUCUCUCUCUUUUCUUUUCGUUUCCUACAUUCUCUUUUGUUCUUUAAAUAUACUUCAUGUAACUUCUAUUUGAAGAAUGCUCCAUCCAAGUCUGAAUCUCGCAGAUUUUUUUCUCUGUAUACAUGCAAGGGAGUAUAAGAGCACGCAACUCAAAAAAGUGCCGGGUCUACUGUUUGUCGUCGACAGUAUUCCGUUUGCUGAAUCCAUUUGUCUUUAUUAGCUGUAUUUACAUCUGAAAGAUGUUGUACGAAACGCACGAACGGAAUUUUCCGUUUGAACGGUCGUUGCUAGGUGAUUUACAGCAGAAACCUGAUGGAAAGUUUUCUCGUCUCGCAGGAUCGAUCGUUUCGCAAUUCCAAUCAACAUCUCCUGCGAUUAUCGCUUAUCAUCCGCUCGGAUGAUUUGACGAAACGUAGACAAUUUAUGUCGCACAUGAGCUCGAGUAAUAACAGGUUUUUUUCCCUCUUUGGCUGCAUAUUCACUAUUUUUCUGCGAUCUUCUAUCUUUGUUUUUCGCAGUUUGCGAUCUUUUAUCUCUAUUUUUCGCCACAAUUUGUGCCUCGUCAAUUCGAAUUCCGCCUCAAAGUCAUCUCCGAGAAAAGCGCAGAUUUUUACGAGUAACAUCCAAGCAAUUACACGCUCUAAAAAUAUUAAUAUAAGUUUCAUUUAAUUAAGUGAAAUGCGCGAAAUUUCGAAACAUUCUAAAGGUUUUUUUUUUUUUUUUUUUAUUGAUAAACUCAUUAUUAUCUCUUUCAGGAGGACACACGGACAGGGAUGGCAUGAGGGAGGGCUCCGGCAACGUUGCCGACGUGUUAGCAGUGGGCGGGGGUGGUGCUGUGCUGGUGCUCAGCGAGCUUGAAAGCAUGGCGGCCAGGCAACAGCGGGAAAUCGCUCAGCAAAGGCGCCUCCUGGAGCAGAAAGAGGCCCGCUUAGCCGUGCUUCGAGGCGCACAGGAGCCAGCACAGCAGGACAGACUCGCCAGAUUGAGGCACAAGCUGGACCAGCAACAAAGCAAACUGAAUCGACUGCGAUUACUCAGAUCGCAGACGGACCAGUCGCGUGUCAACAAUGCGACGUUGACCUCUGAUCUGGACUGCAUAAGAGCUCUGUUCAACGAGAAGGAAAAAGAGCUCUCGGUGGCUGUGGCGAAGGUUGAAGAGCUGACGCGGCAGCUGGAGGAACUCAGGGGUCGUCAGAAUGCCCCCGCCGGUGGUGGAAGUGCCGGCAGCAUCGGGGGCGGCCUCACGGGUGCCGCCGGCAAUGGGCACUUGGUCACCCCAGCCAGCGCCGAACUGGAGAAACUCAGGAGGGAGCUUAUGUAUCGCAACAAGAUGAACGAACAGCAAAACCAAAUGGUGUCCCAGCAACGGCAGGCUCUGGCGCAACGACAGGCCGAGAUGGCGUCGAUAGACGCGCGGAUAGCUCAACUCCAAAGUCGUCUUCAGCGCAAGAGAGCGUUGAAUCAACGAUUGACGCAAGUGGGUCCUAACGGUAACAGUAGUGUUAACAAUACAGGAUUCCCAGAUACAAAACUCGACGGUUUUAAUAACGGCGGCAAGCUAAGGCCGGCCGGCAAUAUCGCCGCGAUCGAGCCGUAUUCGCACAUACCGAAUGACAACGAUUUCAAUCUGAACAAAAACGACCCCAAGUACCAGACACUGCCGUACAACACCAAGUUCACAAUGAACUUCAAGGCUAUAGAAGACGAUGGGAACAAAAAUAAAAUCCAACACUCGGCGAGCGCCUCCCAAUUGGGACAGCGGUCGACCUUUCAGCAAUACGGACACCAAAUUGUUCACAGCCAGUCGCAAUCGCACAUUCAAGGGCAAUCACAAUUAUUAGGAAGCAAUCAACAGCAGCAGCAGCAGCAGCACAAUCAAAAUCUUGGCAACCAGCCCACGACAAUCCAGUCGAGUUGCAACUACAAUAAUAAUAAUAAUAACAAUAACAAUAAUAGCAACAAUCUCAUCUGUAACAAUACUGCGCAUAGCUUCAGUCCGGACAAUCUAUCGCAAGGACUUCGUCUUCAUCAACAUCAACCACAAUCGCAGGCACAACAGCAGCAGCAACAGCAACAGCAGCAUCAGAAUGGCAAUCUUCAGCAGAAGCAACAUAAUGUGACCGGUAUUAACAGUACAUCAACGACAUCGAAUCUCGUUGGUGUUACCGUUCCGUCGAUCGCGCAAACCGCGCAGAACCAACAUCGAAAUCUGCAACAGACCGUAAGUGGCCAUCAAAAACCAGUGUCGAGUGUGGCGCCUAGUUUUUCUGUCAAAUCACAGAUCUAUCAGACCUCUUCGACCAAGAUUCAUCCGGUUAUGCCGCAGACAUUGAGCCUGUUGGGUCGUGGUCAUAAUAAUAACACGGCGCAAAACUACAUUGGCAACAAUCAACAGCAAACGGCGUCGAGCACGCAGCUGCAAUCAGGCGUUGGGAAUCAAGAGACGAGUUAUAGACAUCCUAGUUAUCCUGUCGCUCAACAGCAACAGCAACAGCAACAAUAUCCGAAUCAGACAACGAGCAUUCACACUUCUUCUCCGGCAGCUGUCUAUCAGAUCCAGAGUUCGUCGAAUCUCGUUGGCCUUCAUAAUGCCGCGACCACUGCGAACUUUGGCAAUUCUUCCCAGAAGUAUAACCAGUCGUCGCAGGUGUUGAAUUCUAAUGAUCUUGCACAGAACCAGGAUCAAAUAUUGAAUAAUCAGAAAGCCAAGUUUGAACCGAGUAAGAGUCAAGACAAAUUCGAACACGUGUUACCGUCCAACAAACAUGAACAGCAGCAACAGCAGCAGCAGCAAACUAGAUACGAUCAGAAUCUCACGAGCAAAUACGAGAUUCAACAACAGAGCAGCAAACACGAAUUAACCGGAAAUCAAACGAAACUCGACCAGCAUCUACACAAUGUCAAGUACGAACCUGGUUGCCAGAAUCUGCCACAAUACGCCAAACAUGAACAACAACAGCACGAGGGAAGAUUGUCAACUAAAUACGAUCACAAUCCAUCAUUCAAGCACGAUCCUUCGGGUGCUAAUCAGUACAAAACGGAGUAUAAGACAGAGCCGAAUAAGUACGAGAGUAGUGGUCAGAACAAAUUCGAGAUGAUAUCAGCUAAAUACGAACAAAAUUCCACGACGAAACACGCGGUUGAGCAUGUGGGCACUAAGUUCGAUAUCUCCACGAAACCACCGGACAGGCCAUUUGAAUUUGAUAGACCGACGACGAAGAGCAGCGAUGGCGAAAGGAAGAAUUUCAACGAGUCACGAAUAGAAGAUAAAACAAAGCCGGCAUUGCCACCAAAACCGAGCAAACCAAAUCCGCCACCAAGACUGACUCAUCAUGAGAAGAUUGACGUAUCCUCGUCCGAAGGGAUCAACGAGUGUAAGAUGACGAAUGCAAAUCUCAAUUCAAGAUCAGAUAAGGACGAAGACAUACCGCCGAUCCCUACAUCGGAACCGCCCGAAUCUCCCACGGAGACGCAAUUAGCGAGUCAUCAGAUUAUUAAAGCUCGACCGCUGACGUUGAAGAAAGUACCGAUAUCAGAACAACCAAAGCUGAGAUACGCCAAAUCCAAUGUUCACGUAUCGAUAAAUCGACGCAUUGAGAUGCCCCCAGCCUUCCUGUUCCCGGAGAUGGAAAUCCCGGCGGAUCUCAUGCAGACCGAGCAACAGCAGCAACAUCAACAGCAAAUCAUCGAUACUACGGACAAUUGCAAGAACGUUACCACCUUAAUCGGCGACGAUAUCGGCGACGGCGAGAGGCUGGAGGAAGCGGAUAUUAUCGACGCUCUGAAUGUCAUCAAUGUAGAGGACAAGCCGACGAAGAUGAAGACUGAUUCGGAAUUGACCGGUGGGACAGGCGGCGAAAUGGAAGUGGACGGAGACAAAAUGUCAGAAGUGAUGAGGAGGAAAAAGGGAAAUCUCAAAUCAUCAAAUACGGGGGGUGGAAGUGGCAAGGUCAAUCUGUCCAGGCGAGUAUCGUUCGACCCGUUGGCACUGCUGCUCGACGCUAGUCUCGAGGGAGAACUCGAACUCGUGAAGAAGACUGCGAAAGAGGUCGCCAAUCCAAGCUCCGCCAAUGACGAAGGCAUUACUGCUCUGCAUAAUGCCAUAUGCGCCGGUCACCUUGAAAUCGUCAAAUUCCUUGUAGAGUUCGGUUGCGAUGUCAACGCCCAGGACAGCGACGGAUGGACGCCGUUACACUGCGCUGCUAGUUGCAAUAAUCUAUCCAUGGUGAGAUUCUUGGUCGAACACGGCGCUUGCAUUUUCGCAACCACCCUUUCAGAUCAUGAAACUGCUGCGGAAAAAUGCGAAGAAGAUGAGGAAGGAUUCGACGGAUGUUCGGAAUACUUGUAUAGUGUUCAGGAAAAAUUGGGAAUCAUGAAUAACGGUCAAGUAUACGCGGUUUUCGAUUACGAAGCGCAACACGCUGACGAACUCUCGCUGAAGAACGGCGACUCUGUAGUCGUACUUCGGAAGGGGGAUGAUAAUGAACGGGAAUGGUGGUGGAGCAAACUUGGGCAUAAAGAAGGUUACAUACCACGAAAUUUAUUAGGGUUAUAUCCCAGAGUGCAGCCAGUGAAAGCGGUUGAUUAAAGCAGUCGCAGGAUAUUCGAUGAUUACUACAGUAUUCGAUUUGCAGCUUUAUCUUGUUAAUUGUUAUAACAUGAUACAUAGGCAUAUUAAUAGCGUUAUUUAAUAGCAUCUCAUUGCCAUCCGAGCGGAUACGGAUAUCGCGAAGCGGGAAUUUACCCGAUUUUUUUUUAACAGUGUAGUAACCUUUUAAUUACAAUGUUAUGUCAUUCUUUUUUUGUAGUUUGUAAAAUGAGAUUGCGUUAUUUUGGAUUUUGAUCGGCGGUCGCUACGAUUUGCCAUAAAUCCGCGAGCUGAAAUAAUCGUAUAGAUACACGUCACUCGUAAUUAUCGACGAUGCAUAAAAUAUAGCAAUGCAUUUACCAAUGAUUUUCUCUUUUCACAUUUUAUGUAGGAUGGAUGUUUUACAAUGGAUUGCACACAAUUAUAUUGGCCGGAUGUUUAUCCGAUUUUAUUGCAUUUGUCACAAUUUAUAGCUGCAUAUAUAUAUAUAUAUAUAUAUAUAUUCUCAACUUAACUUUCUGUUCGAAAGUUUAGUUAAGAAUUAGUGAAAUAUCUUAUGCCUUUUAUUUACACACUCGUAAGUAAUUACAUCAUUUAUAUGUGUUUAACACAUUAUUCAGAUAUUAUGAUUUAAUUUUUUCGAAAAGGGGGAUUUUAUACUUUUAUUUUAUACAAGCUAUUCUGAAAUUGGCAAAAAUGCAUAGCACGUUUUUAACGUUUUUAACCUUGUGAAAUUCCGAUGAUUGUUAUUAUAUAUAAAAAUAAGGGUUUCGUGCCCUCUAGUAAAUUAAGUUUUAGAUACACGAACAAAUAAUGAAACUCGUUGUUUAAUGUAAAAUGUAUUUUAUUUUCUUUUUGUAUUUGUACAAAAUUUUAAUUUAAGACUUAGUUAUUAAAAAAUUGAGUUUUAAUAAAUCGUGGAAAAGUAAUCUCGCGCUUUAUUAAGAAUGUUUAUCUCGAAAUUUCACAAGUGCUGUAUGUUCAUCUUUUAUCGAUUUCAGAUCAUCUUGUAGAUUUAUGUGCAAGCAUCGAUUUUACGAGUUUUAUCGUCUUAAUUUGCUUCACCUAAAUGUUCGAGUUUAGAUGAGGUCAGAUUAUAUGUUGUUACAUUGUUUUUGCCCAAAAUAUUUUGGUAUAUAUUGAGCUCCUUCGGAUUUUGUUUUCGAUCUCCGACUUUUCAAAGCUGUUCCUAAACGACGCGUAAUGUAAUCUUGCCGAUAAGGACGAGGAACGAUAUGAGAUAGCGUUUCAAACGACGAUGUGCAAUCAUAUAAGAAAAAAAAAA